CCUCCUCUGCAACACACUCAUUCACUCUGCGAAAAGCGAAAACAAUCAUCUAGAGAGAGAGAGAGAGAUGGAAGGGAAGGAAGAAGACGUGAGAGUGGGAGCGAACAAGUUCCCGGAGAGACAACCGAUCGGGACAUCGGCGCAGACGGACAAGGACUACAAGGAGCCGCCGCCGGCGCCGCUGUUCGAGCCAGGCGAGCUGUCCUCGUGGUCGUUCUGGAGGGCGGGAAUCGCUGAGUUCAUAGCCACUUUCCUCUUUCUCUACAUCACCGUCCUGACCGUCAUGGGCGUCAAAAGGUCUCCGAGCAUGUGUGCCUCCGUUGGAAUCCAAGGCAUCGCUUGGGCCUUCGGCGGUAUGAUCUUUGCCCUCGUCUACUGCACCGCUGGUAUCUCCGGUGGACACAUCAACCCGGCCGUGACCUUCGGACUGUUCUUGGCCAGGAAGCUGUCGCUCACCAGAGCCGUGUACUACAUGGUGAUGCAAUGCUUGGGAGCCAUCUGUGGUGCAGGUGUGGUCAAGGGGUUCCAGCCGUCGCAGUACCAGAUUCAGGGCGGUGGGGCCAACACCGUGAACCAUGGCUACACCAAGGGUGACGGCCUUGGCGCUGAGAUCAUCGGCACCUUUGUCCUCGUUUACACCGUCUUCUCUGCCACUGACGCUAAGAGAAGCGCCCGUGACUCUCACGUCCCUAUUCUGGCGCCACUCCCAAUUGGGUUCGCAGUGUUCUUGGUUCACCUGGCGACCAUCCCCAUCACAGGAACAGGCAUCAACCCGGCCAGAAGUCUUGGAGCCGCAAUCAUCUACAACAAGGACCAUGCCUGGGACGACCAUUGGAUCUUCUGGGUUGGACCAUUCAUCGGAGCUGCACUUGCUGCUCUUUACCACCAGGUGGUCAUCAGAGCCAUCCCCUUCAAGAGCAGCAGCUGAUGAGAGAGACUCCAUGGAUCUAUCUCUCUUCAGACACUGUGAACUGCAACUUAUCCGGCUUCUACUUAGCUGCUUCCGUUGUUUAUAAUCUACUCGUGUGAAGUGUAUGUGUCUCUGUGUGUGUGUGUGUUUCUUCUACAAUCCAAUGGAAUUCGAUGUAAACAAGAAAAUUUCCAGAAAUUCCAAGCUCAUCUCAUCCUUUCUGUU